AUGCUGGUGCCCCGAAACCGUGGCCCCAUAUUAUCAUUAAUAUUUUUUGGUGCACUCGUCCUCUUCUUAUUUAUCGAACCAUCUCGUGUGCUCCCGGGAACGAUAUCGGUUGAGAUCCGACGACCUUUCGAAGAAAUACAUACUCCAAAUCCUUAUAAUGAAACAAAACUCGCCCUUCUCAUCGAGAACCGACCGCAGCCUCACUUAACGCCUUUACUUUUACAUUUUAUGUCAGUCGUGCCCCCGGAAUGGCCCUUCCUAUUCUUGGGGUCGAACGAAUCUAUUACACAUAUCCAGAAAUCGGGCCCCAUCAGAAACUAUAUAAGCAAUGGCAAACUAUCGGUGCGAUUAAUCCCAGAGGAUAUGAAUGUCAACAAUCAAGAAAACUUGAGCAAAACCAUGACGAGAGUUGACUUCUACGAAAUGCUGUCACCUGCUGAGUGGUUAUUUAUUUUCCAAACCGACAGUAUCAUUUGCGCAAAUUCGGGCGUCUCUUUGAAUGACUGGGUCGAGAGAGGUUUCAGCUGGGUUGGAGCUUCUUGGGGAAAGGAUACUAAAUACGGUGGAAACGGCGGUUUCAACCUACGGCGAGUAUCACACCUUGUCGAAGUCCUAACUCACCAAAACCGACACGACGGAGAGAAACUCGAGGAUUGGUGGUUGACCGACCGACUUGGACACAUGCCGAACACGAAGAUGGCUAAUGGGACAGAGGAGAUGGAGUUUUCGGUCGAAAAGGUACCCUAUGACACUCCACUGGGUUAUCAUACCGGUUGGGGCGGGAAACUCCUCAUGGCCCAAGUUUGGAAAGAGCAGGAGCAGAGGGAUCAGAUCUUCGAGUAUUGCCCUGAGAUAAAAAUUCUUAUGCCAAUGGUACCGGCUCGGGAAGCUGAGGGCUGUGAUAAGGAUAUCUCGAGCAGUUUUCCAUCGUAG